AUGGAUAGCAUCUAUUACGGAUUGGAUCAAAAUCAGAAGUGGUACCCAGCAGAGCAAGUUUCUGCUGCUAAAAAGCCAAGGAAAACUGCUAGAGCACAAAAGCUGAGAUCCUCCCUAAAACCAGGUGCUGUCCUCAUUUUGCUGGCUGGCAGAUUUAGAGGGAAAAGAGUCGUUUUCUUGAAAAGUCUCGACGACAAUACCUUGCUCGUGUCCGGACCAUUCAAAGUCAAUGGCGUUCCCUUGAGAAGAGUCAAUGCUAGAUAUGUUAUUGCAACCUCUACGUCUGUGGAGGUUGCAGGCCUUGAUCUUUCCAAGUAUGAUGCCGCGUAUUUCAAUAAAGACAAACCAGGAAAAAAGAACAAGUCUGAGAAAGACUUCUUUGGUGAAAGUGCGAAGAAAGAAAUCAGGAGUGACAGAGCAGCCGACCAGAAGUCCAUUGAUAAGGCUUUAAUUUCUGAAAUCAAGAAAACGCCAUUUCUCAAACAAUACUUAUCAUCAACUUUUUCUUUGAAAAGUGGUGACAAGCCACAUGCAAUGACCUUUUGA